GCGUUGGUGGUAACGCGAUUUAGUUGUGGUCUCUUUGAUGAGCGGUGAAAACCCCGGCUUGUAACGUUAAAAUGUGACGAGAUUUCGGAAAUGAAGCAUAAACCAUUCCCAACGUCGGGAGAGUGGCUUCAAUUGAUUGGCCGUUUCGGUAGACGGAGUAAAGAAUACGAAAAAGCGUACCGCAUAGUGAGGCCAUACGCAUCACAAGUCGACAUGUGAAAGAACGUGGAUAUAUCACAGCGUAUGUUACGUCCUCUGACUCCACACCAACUCGAUAUAGAGAGAGAGAGUAGAGAGAAAAAAAUCCAACGCGGCAACAGGCAGUUCGUUAUGUCGCCAAGAUGAGGUGGUUUCGGAUUCGACUCGUCAUUUUGGGUUUACUGUUAUUCGUCGUUCACGUAGGGUCGGUGGCGGGGGAGACAUGUGACACGGGAUAUAGCGACCCGAGCUCCAAUGCAAUUCUCGCCGACAUUGUGAUCGAGGGUCGGGUCAAAUCCCGACCCACGGGGAACGGCGACAGGUAUAAUUCAUCAAUACAGGUGCGAAAAAUACUUAAAGGGAAGACGCUCGUAAAUGGGGGCAAAAGAACGAAGAAGGUUACAGUGGGGGUUUUUGGUACCCUGAACAAGACGCAAUGUGUAUCGGAAAUUACGUACAACAAGAAAUAUAUAUUUUUUCUUCGCGUGUCUGUGGGGAAUGGGAAAUACUUUCAACAGAGUGCCUUGCCUGUGGAAGCGAAGAAGAAAACCGCUAGAAGUAUUAAAAAGAUUGUAUGUAAAAAUUGCGCAAAAGCUCCUGUGAUAAAGAAGAUGGGCAACCAGAGGAAGAAGGUUGGCCAGAAGGUCAAGAUCCGGUGCUCUGUCAAGGCCAAGCCCAACGCCAGCUUUCUCUGGUUUAAAGACGGAUUGCAGAUAACAUCAAGAAAGGGAUUACGCAUCAAAAGUGGAAGACGUGGUUCUCGUUUGGAGAUCAAGAAGGCCAAGACGGGGGAUAAUGGUGUUUAUAUGUGCCAGGCGAAGAAUGCUGUCGGAGAAAGCAACGCUUCAAUGAACCUGGAGAUUGAGGUGGCCAAACCGAAGUAUCCCGAGUGUUCGUCCCAAACGUACUGUCUGAACGGGGGCAACUGUCGGUACAUCAGCGACCUCAAACGCCAGUUCUGUGUGUGUCCAGAAGCGUAUGUGGGGAGGCGCUGCGAGCUCCGGGAUAUCUUCAGCAUAGAACCAAGAUAUACCAAACAAGCCAAACUUUUACAUGAUCGCACUCUCAUCAUCAUUGGCAUUGUUAUUGCUAUUUUGAUCUUCAUCGCCAUUUGCAUAAUCUCUUAUUACCUCGCAAAACGACAACGCAAAAAAUUUGAAGCAAGAAGAUUAUCUCGAAACAUUCCAAGACAAACGAGAGGACAUUAUCAAACUCUGGAUGAAGUGGAUAGCGGUCAUCACCGAUUGGCCACUCGUUGUUACAAGGACAAACGUAUACAGACAGACAACCUUGCCGAACUGAGCCCCAGCACACAGGUCUCACCUGACAAUGGAACCGCCGGCCAGCCUCGCGUGUUCUCCAUGGAAGAAAGCUUUCCACCCAUGUCUAAUCAAAAGUCUGGCCGACAGCAACAAUCGGACCCAAAGAUGCGCCGAUCCUCGUCUCGGGGCUCCAGAACGAGGCUGAAGGCCGUAUCCCUGGACGAAGGUGGCGCCGAUGAGCCUGAUUCUAUUCCAAUGACAGAAAUGCCACGGAGUCUGAGGUCUGAGGGAAGCAUCCAUGACGUUGUCAAACGUAACAAGCGCAACAGGUACGGCAGAGACCCAGCAAGUCUGCCCGAAUCUCAGGUCAGGGACUUGCAUAAUAUAGAGUCUGACGAUCCAGUCGUUGCUGGUAUGGAUGCUAGUGAUUCAUUCAGCGAGAGUCUGGAUGGGCUCUCCGACCAGGAGAGGCAUCUGUUUACGGACAAUACUACGGCCGAGCCAGACAGAAAUAUGUCCGACACUGAUGACGCUCGGGAUGUCGAGUUGCCGUUGCUAAACAACAAAAAAAAGGGUUCCCUUGACCUGGAUACCGACAGCGAAGACCAAAUGGAAGAAGAGACGACCUUCACCCCUCUCCACAUUAGUGAGGAGAAUCUUCACCGGUCCUCUGGGAGCAGCUUAGACACUGGUUACGAUAGGAGCCGGGAGCCGGAGUAUCCUGAGGAUUACAGGUAUCCUGAGGAUGCCGAGACUCCUGAGGCUCCUACUCCAGAGAGCAGUCUGGUCCGUAAUGUACCAGACAAAAACGUGUUCAAUGCUGGGAGAACGGCAGACGUGUUGCCAAACGGUCCGCGGCAUCCUGUGGUUGUCGUCGAUAUGGUCGACUCGGACUCAAACGAUAAUCCCGACAGUUCUGACAGAUCAGGAACCUCGCUGACCGGCAGUCGGGACUCGGUGGACAACUCGACGUCGGGCGCAUCUUCCCAGGUCCCCAAUGACGCAGACGACAAGCUGUCGUGGGACGAGAACGGAACGCCCGUGUCGUCCAAUUAUGCAUUUACUGCUGCCAUGAACGAUGACCCACUCACCUAUAUGCAUCAAGAGGUGCCUGUCAGUCCUAGCAAACAGAAGGAAGUCUGCAACAGGUUGUUGAAGGACCUCUGUGAGGACCAAGGUCCCAUACAGAUAUGAGAGUUUCUAUUUUUUAUUACAGUGUAAAUAGAUGUGUGUGUUUACUAAACUUUAAAACAGUUGUCAACUAUCACUCAAGAGUUUUUAAGUGAGUAGCAGAACAGGAACACCUCAAUAAAUGAUUUCCAGAACAUCAAGACUUUGAGUCAAAGAGGAACUAGCAUACAAGGCUAAUUUUAGAUUAUUUCGGUUUUAAUUAGCUCUAUGAAUGUUACGUUAUUUAAGUAUAGUUACAGAAUUUAUUCAAGUUGGGAUUAUGAAUGACAUUUUGUCUAAAGUUAUUUAGCCCUUUGUUCCUUAUUGGGUGUGUUUGGAAAUGUUCUGAUGGGUGGUUGAUUAGGGGGUGGACUUUGUUGCUAAAUGGAUGUGGCUGGAAACAUUGUGGGGGGGAGGGUACUGACUUUUCUAUUUAGCAAUAAAUGCAUUUUGAGCUCCUAAAAAGCCUUUUCGCUUGCAAAAAAUUAUAAGGUAAACAAAAAGUUGUAGGUAAUGUGUAAUUUAGUGGUAAAAAAAAAUCUUAAUUAUAAAAAAUAUCUCCCCCCACAUCAAAAAAGUUAAUAAUAAUAAGAAAUGAUUUAUGACCAAAAAAAACUGAAGUUGCUUAAUAUACACUGCCUAAUAUUAUAAUAACUAGUGUCAUUGUUUUUUAUUAUUUUGGUUGGUCGUUUUGAAGCUUGUCAUAGCCUUAUUGUUAUUCUGUAGUCUUGACAAGUUGAUAUAUAGUUUCCUUUAACUGGAAUUACAUACAAUGAAGAGACCAUACCCACACCACCCGUCCCCAGUGGAUGUCCAUGGUGAAAAUUAUAAAAUAACCUAGAUACAUGUGUGUGUAGUCUUUAGUCCCAUUUUUCUUGUGGUAGAUCUUCUCAAAUCUAACUUAUCAGUAGUUAAAUUAUAUAAACUCUGUAUUCAGUAUGUCUACAUUAGAGACGCGCUGCAAAUUUAGCAUGAUUCUAUGCUUCCCAGAUUUUGGGUCAGAAUUGUAACAUUAUGCAAUGGAAUCUCAAAAUAUCUACAUUACAGAAGGUUUUUCUUACAAUGCCAGUGGAAUCUUAAAAACAAAUACCCAUAUUUAAUGCCUAGGAGAUGGCCAUAACAUUCAAGGCAACUGUAACAAAGAAAGACAAAAUGGGGCCAUAUCUAGCCUAAAACAAGGGCAGUAACUUGUGCAGGGGGUAGGUGUUUGGGAUGAAAAAACCCUCUGCUCCAUGAAAAAUUUCUUCUUUUUUUUCAAUAUAUUUUUCAAGAGAACAUGAUUCUGCCCCUAUAAAGAAUUCACUGAGCACAAUCUAGACACCCCCCCCCAACCCCCCACCCCCCACCCCACCCCUUGCACAAUUUCCCGCGAGUGAAGGGUAGGUCAAGAGGUAGUUGGUAAAAACGAGAAUCCGGGCACAGUAAUAAAGCAUUUUUCUUUUGGGGUUGGGUGUUUUUCAUGGCUGACUAACCCCCACUCCAUCGACUGCCCCCCCCCCCCGACCCUUAUGCACCCUGCUAAGUAUGGUAUUGUAAAAAAAAAACCUAAAAAGUUUUCCGUUUGUAUGGAUUACAAAUACAAAAUGUGGCAGCAGCAUUGUGUCUGUGAUGGCAUCAGUUACACUAAGACCAACAGCAAGCCCAAAACUUAACAUUCAUCUUUAGUAAAGUCACGCGACAUAGUUUUAGAAAUACAGUACAUACCUUUUGGGGGGUUUUCACAUAAAAUAUGUUUCAAGCAUAUUGGAUUUGCCAAAUUGAUAAUUUAUGGAACAAGCUGUAAAUGGUACAAUGUAUGUAUUUUACUAUUUAGAAAAAAAGUGCUGUAAUCACUAAUAUUUUACACUGCCUAAUAAUGUAAAGCAGUUCUGCAUUUCACUAAUUUAUGAAUAUAAGACUAUUUGUUAAUGAAAUGAAAAGUAUUUUGUUUAUUUUUACUUGUAAAUCAACAAAUAAGAUGUUGAAGAAAUUCAUAUGGAACUUUUUUGGUUGCUUAUUUCUCAAUGUAAUAAAUGUAAAAAAUUAUCAAAUGAAAUAUUGAACCACUGGUGUAUCCAGAGAUGGGGAAUAUACCCCAAUAAUCCCUCUCUUUCCCCCAAGGGCGUUGGUUGCAAAAUUGAUUGCUGUCCAUUCCAACCAGUGCCCAACAACUGGUACAUGAAAGGUCAUGGUAUGUACUGUGAAAAUACAUGAUUCACAGUACAUACCAUGGUGUUUGAUAUACCAAUCAUGGGGCUCUGAUUGGGAUGGUGAUGGAAAACUGACAGAUCUAACAAGAAUGAUCAGUCUUCUGAGACAGAGCUUAUAAAACUUUACAGUCUAAAACUCAAAUCUGUAACAGCAUCAAAUGCAUGCAAUUUAUAUGGCAUUGUCAUGCCAUUCUUAAAAUGUUGUUGAAGUAUAGUCUAGAUUCUAGUUUAAUCAGCAUGUAACAAGGUGCCCGAAAGCUGCUCCAACUCCAAGGAUUGAUUUUCUUGAGACUCGUGUCAGAAAAACCAUCUACAAAAUGACUUGUGCCGGAAACUAUUAUUGUAUAAGAUUUAUAAGCAGGUACAGGAUCCGGCCUAUCCGACUCCGGGCUACACCCUAUCCAGUAUUUGAGGAAGUGUUUUCCCUAGCUUGUUCUAGCAUUGUGCAGCACCUUGCCUCAAAAGUCUGGCACCAUCUUGCAGGGUUUCGAGAAUUUUAAUAAAAUUCACUAGCCAUGGGAUCAGUGAUUUUUAAUAUUUACUAGCCACGAUUAAAAAUUCACUAGCCCUACUUUACUAAGUUUACUUUACUUUCAGUUAAUACAAUUUUACUAAUAGUAAUAAUGUCACCUAAAGAGGGAGCUAGAGCUUAAAAAGACUAAUAUUGUGGAAUGGGGUUGGGGACAGGAUAUUCAUAUUUACAAACUAUACUUAAAUUCAUUUCAUUUCAACUUAUUUUCAUGCUUAUAUCCAAUUAAGGUUCAAGUACGCUGUAUAUACUUAAAUGCAGCAUUCGACAACUUUAUUUCACUAGCCAUGCUGCUCAGAUAUUAAACAAGCCUUUUUCAAGAAUUAAUUCUAAAAUUACAUUUAUAAAACACUCAGAAAAUGUAUUAUUAAUUAAUAUAAUAUGUCUGUUAUAUAUUUUGCCAUUCAUUUAUUAAAGCAAGCACAAUACUUACAUUUAUUUUUAUUUCCAUUAAAAAAACAUUUGUUUUUAAUGGAAAAAUAAUACCCUGAAAAUGGUGAAAAUGCCCCAGAAGUGUUUAGUCUACCAUAACUUGUAAAAUUUCUAGGGUAAACACUAUCAUGGGAUGCAACUUUGUCUUUAUACAUGGGAAUGGGUGGGGGAAGGGGGAUAUGUGUGUCGUGGCUGUAGGAAGUGUAAAUAAGUGUAUUAUAUUUAUUAAACUUAUAGGGAAUUUUAAAAAUACACAUAUACUUCAAGUUUUAUUUAACUUUUUUACUUAACAUUUAGAAUUCCAUUUUGUGUACCUAUUAGUAGAUUUGAUUGGCUUGGAUUGGUAGUUGCAUGUAUUUAACAUUUUGUAAUAAUAUCAUAUUAAAUGAAUUUAUGAAAACCUUUUUGAGUAAUAAAUUACAUUAGGUAUUAAUGGAGAAAAAAAGAGUUGUAAAUAUUAGCUAAAAUUAUCAGCUAAUAUUGUUUUGAUGAGGCAGUUUAAAUAUCCAGUUACAUUAAUAAUACCGGUACAUGUGAUAAUAAAAUAAAAACUCAAUUUAAAGUUAUAUAGUUUAGACCAAAAUAUUUAUAAAUAGGAUCCAAUCAAUAUAAUUAUAUGUUGAUGGUAACCCAUCAAUUUACCAUCCAAACAUAACACCAUCCUUUAAAGGUUCAUCUUUCUAAGUAGCAACCAAUGAAGUUUUUAUCAUAACAAAUAUCAACCAAUGAGCCAGUGUGAAAAGUGACAAAUUAACAUAUAAUUAGAGGUUAUAAAUAGCAACCAGUCAGUUCAAGUGUUACAUGUACAUGUCCUAUAGAAACCAAUCCAGUGAUGACUUACAUUAUCUUAAAGUAUUAAAUCAAUUUUAAGAAUAUGAUUUUAUUUUGCUGGUUUUAUUGCUGAGUACUAUAAAAAAACCCACCAUGUUUUCUUGUUAUUAUGCAAUAAAAGGGUUCUGACAGAUUUAAACAGCAGUUACAGAUUAUUGCAAAUUUACAAAACAAUAAAUCUGAUUGGACCAAUUGUUGAUGAGGGGCCUAAUUUACUAAACUCUCACAACUGUGUCAUCUCGCAGUGUAGUGCAAACUGACUUGCUAGGAUGGUUUAAGAGAGCUUUGAGAAUUAUGCCCUGUACUUCAUUUCAGACCCUUUGGAUAUACCAGUAAAGCCUCAGUACAUGUGUUUGCCCAUUCUAUCACUUCAGGGCCGUACCUAGUAUAAAAAUAGAGGGGGCAGGGAAACAAAAAACAAAACAAAAAACCCAAGAAAAACCCAGAAGGCAUUGUCAGGUGCAGAUCCAGGGCAUGGUGCCAAGGGUCACACACACACACACACACACACACACACACACACAGACAGACAGACAGACAGACAGACGGACGCACACACACGCACGCACACACAUGCACACCUUUUUCCCCCACUGUUUUCAAAAAAUAAAAAAAUAAACAAGCAUUGUGAGAAUACUGCUAAAGCAUUGCAUGUUGCCUAUCAUGCUCAACAAAUAACUCUGUGAAGAAUGGGUAAAUCACUAUGAAAGUUAUGUUUAUCUGUAUGGCUAUACAAAAAAAUUUCAGCUUAAUAGCUAAUGGCAUUGUGAAAAAACCCAUAUGAAAAACUACAUGUGGGAUGGCCGGAUGGACAGACAGACAGAAGGAUGGAAAUAAAACGUAUAGUCCCCUCAGGUUGGACCAGUAGGGGACUAGUAAAAGUCUGUUCCAAUACCUCUUACCAUGUCUGGCACACACACGCAUACAUAUACCCCUUCACAAACCCCUGGAUCCACACCUGAUAGCGUCUUUAGUAUCUUCUCAUGGGGAAGGCGGUACUCAAGUACUUAAACUAUAUAUACUUAGAGAAAAUAUUUGAUUAGACCCACCGAAUAUGAAAUAAUAAAUGCAAGUCCUUCUAUGUUGCAAAUUUUUUAAAUUAUGGAAUGGCCGCCACUACACUGAACACUUUUAACCUUUUCAUGUCUGUACUGGAAUGACGUUAUCAUAAUGUCAAACUAACAGCACAUGCCGUCAUGUCCACAAUAAUUAAUUUGAUGGUGCACCUCAUGCCGUCAUAUUGUAUAAAGGAUAAAUGGCACAUUUUUGUAUUUUUCAGGAUGUACGAAGUAGUUGCUCCAUCCACCCUCCAUUACUGUCCCUUAGGUACGGCCCUGUAGUUAAUGAUGCAAUUUCUGUAUAUUUUGAAACACAAUGUUAUCAUCAUUAUCAUGAUUUAAUAUGUACAUGACUGUGAUUUGUUAAUAUAUUUAAAUAUAUUAUGAUAAUAAUGACUAUUGUUGAUUACUUAUUACUACUAUUUAUACAAUCUAUCAUAGUUGCUGUACAGAUUAAUUACAUAUAUUAAUUAUGUAUAUGUGUACAUUGUUGAACAAAGUUGUACAUUUUCUUCAUAAUUAUUAUCCAGUGAGUGUUUUUAAAUGUCCCAUAAGUGUAUUUAUUUUUAGUCCACUUGUGUUCCUGUUUUUAUUUAUUGUCUGCUUGUGAUAGUGUAGUUCCGUUUUUAAACUCAAUACAAAGAGCUCUGCUCAUCAAAAAUAUAGAUUCACAACUGAACUAUGGAUUAUUGUGGGUUUUUAAGUCUUCCUGAAGUAAAUAUUUUUGGUUUCAACUUGUAAUAUAUAUUCUUGUGUUAUUCUACAGUAAAGCCUUUACAAAAAGCAUCACAUACUGGUAUAGCAUAGCAGGUGACCUUUCUGUACAAAUUAAAAUGUACAGGUGUCCUUUAUAUGCAAGUAUUUGUUAUAACAGGUGUGACUGUUUUACAGUUCAGCAAAAGUAAGUGUAUAAUUGCGUAUUUAAAAAGCAUAAUAAUGGAGAAUGUUUUGUCUUCAAAAUAUAAUGUUGAAGAAAUUAAAUGUGCCUGCUUUUGCCACUUCAACAGGUUGUGUAUUUUGUAAAAAGAACAUUAUACAAUAACUUGAAUUAAAAUGCAAAUUAAUGUAGGUCACAUGUAGUGCCUACAAAAUUAACAUGAAAUGCUAAUAUCCUAAAGUGACCUCCUGAAUAAACAUACCCAGACAUAUUACUACAAAAUGUUCUGUUUCAAAGAGUAAUUAAAUGCCAAAGAUCAGGAGGGGGAGGGGGUAGCAGCUUUCAGUUACUUUUAUUUUUAAAAGAUGUACAUUUUUUAGUAAACAUUUUGUUUCAUUUUGAGCAAGCAGUUAAAUAGUAUUUGUAUCAGUCUGGUAUCAUAUACUGGUAGCUACUUAAGGCUACUGCUGGCUUCAAACUUUGUUUAAGUUAUGGCUGAAAAUAAUGUUUAUUAUUUAUACACUAUUUAAUUGGUUUCAAAAAUAGAAAAAUAAGAUUGCUUUUUUGUCACCUAAGCAUAAGUUUAUUAUUUGUAGGCCCAUUUAUUUAUCAGUAAAAAAUAGAUACUUAAUUUUAUGUUAAAAUUUAAUACAGUGCCAUAAUCAAGGUAUGAAAUCUCUUUAAAAGAUUGUGUCACAAGAAUACUAUUUUCUAUAAGAUUAAGCCUUCUUCUAUUUUAAAAUUGGUAAAAAAUAAAACAAAGCAAAACGUUUUUGUCCAUUGUAAAUGUAUGUAUGUGUUGUUUUUACCAGUUGUUUAAUAUGUUCAUUGAUUUAUUUGACUGUCGUUAAGUUUUUUGUUUGUUGUAUGCGUGUGUAUCUGUUUAAUAUGUUUGACGGUUGUCACUGCCAUUGUUUGUUUUUUUACUCAUUUCACUUACAAUAGUUGUGAUGACAUCCUUACGUUAUUGUGAACCACAGAAUAUCAUUUCUUAGUGUCAUCAUUUUAAUAUAAACAUUCCAUAGUUGUAUUUUAUGUGGGGGGGUUUAUUUUGUAUGUUAAAUGCAUAUCGAAUUUGUAUGUACCUUUUAUUUGUUUAUUUAUAGAAAUGCAUAUCUUUAUGGUAUGUGCACUGUUUAUGAGGGAAUCUGUAGUUUUGGGGGGCAUUUCAGUAAAAUGUCAUUUCAGGGGAACAGCAUAUAUGUCAUAUGUAUACCUCUGAUCUCAUAUGUUCCAAUAGCAAAUAUAAACAACCACACACUGUUUUCACAAAAAUAAGAAAAAUAAACAGCUGUGCUUUUACAAUUUGUUAAGUAAUUUAUUAUCAUAAUCUAUUGGAUUAAGUAAUAGUAUAAUAGUAUUACCAAACCUAUUGCUGAAUUUAUUAGUUUUCAGAUAAUAUUUUGUUGGACAGUUUAAUAGGGCAACUACAUGGCACCUCAUGCUUUUAAGUUUUGUAUAGAUAUAGAUGUAUGUAGAUAGAUAUAGAUAUAGAUAUAUAUAGAUAGAUAUAGAUAUAGAUAUAUAUAUAGAUAGAUAUAGAGAGAGAGAUAGAGAGAGAGAGAGAGAGAGAGAGAGAGAGAGAGAGAGAGAGAGAGAGAGAGAGAGAGAGAGAAGAGAAGAGAGAGAGAGAUAUGGCUCUGAAAUAUCAUUUUGCAGCCAUUUCAGGGAGGUCACUUACUUAAAACCAAUAAGAGGAUUUUCUUUAAUACAAGUUUACAGGAUGUUGCCAUUGCCCACCCCCGCCAGCUACGACCUUGAAUGAUGUCUGUAGUGAUGUCGGUGGCAGAAAACUGGUAUCUUCGAUAUCAUACAUAUUAAUGUAAAAUCAUUUGAAAAUUACAUUUAAUUACAGUGUUUUAUAUUAAUGACAGUUUAAGCAUAUUAAUUCAUAUAUGAGUCACAUGUUUUACUCUAAGUGUUAUUAGGUCACACGUUUAACAUGUAGCUGGAGAUGUAUACAUGCGUACGGUCACAAAAUUUUGUCAGAUUUAACAUGUGACCUUGGUCACAUUUUACAGAAUAAUGCCCUUACAUUAUACCAUAACUGUCGCUACUUUUACUUAAUAUAUACGAUACUUAUGUAGGAUAGGAUAUAGAAAUUUCAAAUUAAAUCUUUAGAAAAUAAUUGUAAAUUAAUUAAAUUUAUUACUUAGUUAUAAUAUAUAUGCUUUUGUAUUAUGCUGCAAUCUUCAUGGGCAUUAACUACCUUAAGUAUUUUCUUUCGCUACAUAUAUAUACCAUGACCAUUCUUAUAUAUUAAUAUAUAAAAUAAGAAAACAUGUUUUCGUGGAAACUACAUUUUGCUUCCACUACGUACCAAAAAAACAUUUUUACACAUCUGUUGGUGUCACAUGGCCAUAACGUGUGCGUUAUUGAUUUAAAGACAAGUCACUGCAGUCAUACCAUCCAAUGAUAAAAGCACAAUCGAUUGCUCUGUGAUGUAGAAGUUGAAAUGAAACUGAUUACUUUGUGUCGCACAACUUGACUGUAUGCGCAAGCACUGAAACUAUGUGCAAGUUGUAAAAGACAUUUAAAUUUAUUUAAAACUUUGUGGGGUUUUGUUGUUGUUGUUUUUUGUUUGUUUUGAGUUCGAGUCAACGCACUAAUGCUACAUGAGCGGUUUUUGUUGUGUGUAUAAAAUUACACAAGAUUAUUAAUAACUUUUGCAUCCUAGUUUGAUUUAUACUGAUUUAGGUUAUACUAGAUGAAAACACAAUACAUACUAGUUAUAGUUUCUAUGAUGAAUAUGUAGGAAUAAAUAGAGGCAGCGUAUGAAAGUUAUUUUUUUAGAUCUUUAUUAUCAAAAUAAUAUCCUAUAUAUAGGCAUACAUGUUAAUGACAACUUCAUAAAGAGUUCUACAAAACGUGAGACGAAUUUACGUAGAAAUACAAUAUGCAUCUACAAUGCCCAUCAUUGUUGUCUUUGCAAUAAUAAAACAUUAAAUUAUGUAACAAAACAUAUUUGCAAUAAAAUGGACAGCAUUUAAUGAAUUUGCACAACUCUUUACUUUGCAUACUAUUGCAAUUACAUGGGUACCAUUUAGUGAUAUUGCACAGCCCAAUACUUUGUAUAAUAUUGCAAUUAAAUAGAUACCAUCUUAUGCUAUUGCACAGACCAAAUAAUUUGCAUGUUUGCAAUCACAAAUAUUUUAUAGCACAUUCGCAUAAUAUAUACAGUUAUAUAGACAGCAUUUAUUGAUAUUAAACAAUCCAGUUUUUGCAUAAGUUGCAAUUGCAUGUAUAGCAUUGAGUAAUACCAAAUGGCCCAUCCAUCUGCAUGAUGUGUACCAUUUCCAUUUAGUGAUUUAGCUGAUAGGUGUCAAAACAGCUGCUCGGAAUAUGGUACGCAAGGUGUUUCAUGUCCAAUAAUGGCUACAAUCGAAGCAAUACUGGGACAUUACUUCAUCGCAAUGUUUAAUUCAAAGGACGACUACCGUCUCAAACAUACUGGACUAUUUUACAUCGUCACAGUGUCUUGUAUAUAAUGUGUUAACAACAGAAAGUGAAGCAAAUGUUAAUUUAAUGACUGCCAAGAAUUAUGGCUGUGGUAUUAUGUUGGAAGGAAACAUGCUGUGACAGUGCAUGAAUCUUGAAGGGAUAUCAAUAGGCACGUAAAUACAGAUCACAGUCCAGUUGUGACAAAUAAUUAAAAUGAAUGGUCAUACUAAUCGUCUGUUGGCAUCGACGAGUAUUUUGCUUGCACUUUAUAUAGAACUUGCCAUGAACUUUUGAUAUACAGCUUACUUAACAUUUUUACUCUUUUUUUUCUACUCUUAGAUGUUGCCAGGGUUGUACUUAACCUAAAAAAUGAGGGAGGAUGGCAUUAAACAAUAUUCGGGGCCCUAUAAUAUAGGGUCUUUCCCAGCUAGACAAAAAUCACGUUUAUAUAAAACCAUGGACACACUUGCAUACCCCCCCCCCCCCCCCCAAAAAAAAAAAAAAAAAACCCCACACCAAACAAACAAACACCCAAAACAAAAACAACAACAACAACAACAACAACAAAACAAAGCAACCAAACAAACAAAAACACGGUACAGCCAAGUUUUCCUUUAGUAUAUGUUCCUACGAUAUGGGCUAUCAAAGAGCAAGUCGAUACGUAGCCAACUUGAUUAAACACAUUUAGAUGUUUUUUUUCAAGAUUUUCAUGCAAGACUCCCAGACCCAUAUUCUCUUAAGGUACUAAUACAUUCUUUGAUCCAGUCACUGUGGUUGUUUCCAAGUCUUACAAAAGAGAACUACGGUUUUGGUUUGUUAAUGACUGGCAUUAUGCAAUUCUGAUACAUGAAGGUACAUGUAUUAUUAUAUUGCACUGUUGGUAUGUGCCAUAAAGUUUCUUUGCUGCUCUUUGUUACAGUGUGUAGUCCAGUAAUAUGCUACUACAGUAUAUACUAAGAAAUGAAUCUUUUUGUUCUUUGAAGAAAUAAAACUUUAAAACUAA